GGGAGACAGGGGGAGGGAACAAGCCGGGCGCAGUCACGGCAUCAAACACGAGCCGCGGCAUGGGCAACAGCCUGCGGUGCUGCCUGGCGUGCGUGCUGCCGUGCGGCGCGCUGGACCUGGUGCGGAUCGUGCACCUCAGCGGCCGCGUCGACGAGUACGGCCGCGCCGUGUCGGCCGGGGAGGUGCUGGCGGCGCACCCCAACCACGUGCUCAGCAGGCCCUGCUCGUCGCCGCAGGGGGUCGUGCGCAGGAUCCUCAUCGUGUCGCCGGACUCGGAGCUCGAGCGCGGGGAGAUCUACUUCCUCAUCCCGGCCGCGUCCGUGCCGGACGCCAAGAAGGGCGGCGGCGGGGCUAGCACGCCAGGCCGCCACGUGCGCAGCAAGUCCGAAGGCAGCGUCGUCGCCGCCGCCGUGACCGACCGGCAGCUGGGGCUCGGCGCCGAGUCGCCGGAGGAGGCGGCGGCCGCGCCCGCGGCCAAGAAGAAGAAUCAGCAGCAGCACAAGAGGGCCGCCGCGCAGCAGCACCGGCGGCGCAUGAGCACCGGCAGCCACGCCGCGCCCUGGCAGCCGCACCUCGCCUGCAUCGCGGAGGACCUCUGAGUGCCUUGCCGCUACCGGUUCGGCGAGCACCCGUGUGAUUCUGCCGCCAUCGAUGGAUCAAGUCCGUUUUCUUUCUCAUCAACUAGUGUCUGCGUCGUAAAUACUCCCGGUUUCCUCCUCCACGACCCAUUUUCCCUUCCGUUUGCAAGUGUAAAUUCGGCCGUCGCGUAUGAACUUCCUCUGUCGAUUUUUGAGCGUCUUUUGCAACUUCGCAUCAGUUCAAACCAAAACCUGUAUAUAAAAGCUUUACGAUUCUACAGAUUUUAUGAA